GUGUCGUCCACGUAUCGCCCAGAUCUCGCCCUCGAGAGACCCCAAAUCCUUCGAGAUAUGCCAACAUCGCCCCCCCACGCCGAUGAUUGAUUCUUUUCACUCGAAAGCUCGUUGACAAAGUCCUGUAACCCUUCGGAUCACAGGGUUUUCAUAUAUGACUCCUCUUUUCCCCAGGGCCUUGAAUUCUGGCUUGACUUUCGUUAUAGAUCGCUUUCUUGCGUAACCGGGCCCGUAUAGGUCAGGGUCUGGACGUACGACAUGUGUAGUAUCACGAGCACGAGCACAAUCACAAUCACAAUCUUCGACGUACCAAUGCCAUACCUUUGCGCUUCCAUGCAUGGUCGGGGUGGUCCCCUGUAUCGUCGUCCAGCUACCAACUACGGUCUCUGAAAAGAACUACCCUCCAAAUCGGUCUAUCCUACAAAAAGUUUCAGACUCUGCUUUCUUGAACGACGUAGUCUAUGGAUACCUUCUGAUACCUUCGGAUCCCUUGGCUCCUCAAGUGCCUUCUCCAAUCAGUUUCCAAAGCCUAGGAAUCAAUUCACCCUCUUUUCAUAAUCCGCCGAAAUUUGCAACGCUUUUCUUGUGCUCUCGGUGGAGUCAGUAGGCUAUGGACAUACUCCAGGUGGCAUUGGAGGGUCGGGCUAAAGCCCUCAAGCCAUAGGGCAGCUGGUGAAAAUUGUGAGCUGUUUGCAUGCCACUCUCCCACUUAAAACUCCCACUGGACGACGUUUUUGAUUGGAAGUAUGGGGGAUAAUGUGAAACUAAGCCAUGAAACGUGAUAUUGAGAUUUACUCCAUUUGAGAGGUUUUUAAUCUGGACGCUCAUCUGAUGCAGAUCUGUGUUUGCCGAUAUGGUACAGGUGUGGCUCUAGCGUUUAUAGGGACCUAUCUUCACUGUCCUCGGUGGCCACGGUAGAUGUGACGUACCGGUACUUUAAUACCCCAAAUGACGCUAGUACACCUAAUAGGGUAGUUUCAUACGUUAGUCAUCCGACCGCUUUGACUGUCGUAACGUCCAUGCCAAAAGAUGAGAUGAGAGGACAGUUAGUGCGAGUUCGAGAGGAAUCUCGAGCAGUUUGAAAGAUUUCUUUUUAAUGAAGUUUGCCAUGAGCACAAGAAUUGAUUUCGGUUUGCAGUCCCAACAUAUCUUAACUGCUGACUAUGGACGUGCAGACUCGAGAAAAUCAGGCUCGUAAUCAUUGUUGUUCCUCGAUGGCUCUCAGGAAGGUGAUCGCAUUGUGCAUCACCAUCGCAUGUUUGCACGAUCAUGUUGCUCUGUGUACAGAGAUUUACGAGGAUUCCAAUCAGCCAGUUGAAUUAAGGGUGCAAGAUUUGCUGUCAAGAAUGACGCUGGAUGAGAAGAUCGGACAGAUGACUCAGAUUGAGAGAUAUGUUGCAAAUUUUGAUGUCAUGAAAAACUUUUCAAUAGGGAGCGUGCUCAGUUCAGGAGGAAGCACGCCGAAUUCGAGUACGACCGAAGCAUGGCAAAAUAUGGUUGACGACUUGCAGGCCGGUGCACUGGCCACCAGACUGGGAAUUCCCAUGCUCUAUGGUAUAGAUGCCAUUCACGGGCAUAAUAAUGUCUACGGUGCUACUAUUUUCCCGCACAACAUCGGACUCGGCUGCACAAGGGACCCAGAUUUAGUGAGGCGGGUUGGAGCCGCCACGGCACUCGAACUCAGGGCGACGGGAAUUCCCUACACCUUCGCACCAUGUAUUGCGGUUUGUCGUGACCCGCGGUGGGGUCGCUGUUAUGAAAGCUUCAGUGAAGAUACAAGUGUCGUUCGUAUGAUGACCGACGUCAUAUACGGUCUGCAAGGCAAUGGCACGCCGGGCAUUCCUUUCGUUUCCGACAGGAGCAAGGUGGCAGCAUGUGCAAAGCAUUAUGUCGGAGAUGGCGGGACUCAGAGAGGAAUCAAUUCCAACGAUACGAUUCUCAGCUACGAAGAUCUUUUCAGAAUUCAUGUGGCUCCAUAUGUGGAUGCCAUCGCCAAGGGUGUUUCCACCAUUAUGCUUUCAUACUCGAGCUGGAAUGGAGUCAAAAUGCAUAUGAAUCACCGACUUAUCUCCACGUUGCUCAAACAAGAACUUGGAUUCAAGGGCUUCGUAAUCUCGGACAUGGAAGGAAUUGACUUUAUUACCGACAUCCCUGACGCAAAUUAUACCGCCUCUGUCCUCGAAUCAAUUAAUGCGGGGCUUGAUAUGAUUAUGGUGCCAUUUGAUUACGAGAAAUUCAUAUCCACAUUGAGGACAUUGGUAAACACUGGAUAUAUAUCCAUGCAGAGAAUAGACGACGCAGUCACAAGAAUUUUAAGGGUGAAAUUUUCGAUGGGUCUUUUCGAGCAUCCCCUUGCUGAUCGUUCUUUUUCUCCUCAUCUCGGAUCUCAGGACAACAGGAUGGUAGCAAGAGAGGCAGUGCGAAAGUCGCUUGUUCUCUUGAAAAAUGGAAAAACUGAAUCUCGACCGUUCCUGCCUCUCAGCAAAAAUGCUACACGCGUUCUGGUAGCAGGGACUCAUGCUGAUGAUGUAGGAUUGCAGUGUGGUGGAUGGACAAUAUCCUGGCAAGGGUCUGCAGGCUCUAUUACUAAAGGAACCACGGUCCUGGAUGCAGUAAAGGCAGCUGUUUUCACAACAACUCAAGUGAUUCAUGAAGCAAGUCCGACAGCAGAAGUCGCAGCCAAAACAAAAGCUGAUUUUGCCAUAGUGGUUGUUGGAGAACAACCAUAUGCAGAAGGUGCUGGAGACAACACUAACCUCACCAUUCCAGAUGAAGGAAUCUCUACAAUAAAGAACGUAUGCUCGGAGGUGAAAUGCCUGGUUAUAUUGAUCUCCGGGAGACCACUGGUUGUGGAGCCCUAUCUUCCUCUUAUGGAAGCCUUCGUAGCAGCAUGGUUACCCGGAACAGAAGGAAACGGUGUCACGGAUGUCAUUUUUGGAGAUUAUGAUUUUGUGGGGAGUUUGUCCCGUACCUGGUUCAAAUCUGCAGAUCAAUUGCCCAUGAACUUUGGAGAUCCGAUUUACGACCCACUGUUUCGUUUUGCAUUCGGACUAGGAAUGGGAAAACUGCCAAGAUGAAAUCGCAUGGCUGGACUUUUCUACGUGCAGAUGCUCCGGAGAGUUCUAUUUGCCGUUCACAAUUGCUGUUCGUCCCACAGCCCCUUGGUCACCUCGUAUGUACAAGCCUAAUAUCAUUCUCAUUUAUCAAAUGAUUC